AGUGCUUUUGAUUUACCUCCCAUGAAACUUGAAAGUUAACUUUAUUUUCGUAUAAAUAAAAGCUCUUACCAUUAUGAACUUCAAUUUAUAUAUUAAAAUUACUUAAUUCUAUAAAAAUUACAAUGAUACGUCGCCUCCUAUAACUUUGUAAACAUUUUUGUCAAUGGUUCAAUUUAUAAAAACUGACGAUGCACAUCCUGUGCACGAUAUGCAGCGACCUGGUGAACCCGGCCGAGAGCCUGUACGUCACCAAGUGCGGCCAUCUCUUCCACCACCAGUGUCUCGCGCAAUGGAUCGAAAGAUCAAAAUCCUGUCCACAAUGCCGCAACAAGGUGACAGACCGGUGCAUGUUCCGCAUGUACCCAACGGUGUCCAACGAGAACUCCGGGGAAGAUGCGGCAACUCUGCAGUCAAGGCUGGAUGAUGCCAUGCUGCAGCUACGGACACAGAAGACCGAGCAGAGGGAACUCAAGGACAAACUUGCUGCCGCCACACAAGAGGCUAACAAAAAGGAGGAGCUACUGAAAGCGGCAGAGAAGCGACUGGUGAGCCGAGAAUCGGCGCUCUCAGCGCUGCGGGAACAGCUAGAGUAUGUCAAGAUACAGAACAAGGAGACGCAGCGGCUCAAGGAAGAAAAUGAGCAGCUCAAGAAGAAUAUGCAGACUCUCAAUGGGUUACAGAAGGUGUUGAAUGCCACAGCGGGCGAAGUAGAAGAGACGCUCCGGGGUUAUUCGGACUUACGAACACUCGCCACCUUCGCGGCCGCGCUCAAACGUGCCCUGUGCGACUCGGAGUCCAAGAAACGCUCGUGCCGGGAGCUGCAGCACAGCGCCGAGCAGCGCCUCGCCGCCAUGCGCGUCAGAUACGAGGACCUGCAGGCUAAGGCAGGGCAAGUGCAAGAGAACCUAACCAACAUAGAGCGGAAAUACGAAGCGUUGAAGCACAAGCGGAAAGCGAGCGGCGACGCCGAGCCGCGCGACGCCAAGCAGCCGCGCCCCGCCCCCGCCCCCGCCCCCGCCGCCCCCGCCCCCGCCCCCGCCCCCGCCGCGCCGAGGCUGAGCAGCAGUUUCAACGACGCUGUCGUCGACGUCGUUACCGAGAAUGAAGAUAGUUUUAACACGGCCGUCCGACGAAUCGUACAGUCCGAUUCCCCCUACCUGAACCUGAAACAGAGCGGCCUCGCGCUCGGCACCAUACACCAGCGGAGACCUGCGCCGGCUAAUCUAAAGCCGUCCGAGUUCGCGAUCCUCCGCAGCGCGCCAACCAGCAUCUUCCACAAGCCGGCCCCCCUGGAGCCCCCGCGGGACGAGUUCAACACGGCCUUCACCGCCCCCUCCCCCCGCACCCGCCCCCGCCCCCCUCCGGCCCCCUACGACGGGCUGGGCGGGCACGGGAGCCCGGACACCUUCCCCACGCCCCGCCCCAAGGUGCCCAAGGUCACCAGCAGGCACAAGCUGAAGAGGUUCAACUCGACCGGGAGCAGGGAUAUAUCGCACAUGUUCGCCGGCCUCCGGGAUAGGGACUAA